CGCCCAUUGGUCGGGUCCCGAGCGCCUUCCCGGCGUUCGCGGCGGUUUCUCCUGGUUACCGCGAUGGCGGCGAUCGGAGUUCACAUCGGGGGCACGUGCAGCUGUGUGGCCGUUUACAAGGAUGGACGAGCAGAUGUUGUAGCAAAUGAUGCCGGUGACCGUGUUACCCCAGCAGUUAUUGCUUAUAGAGAAAAUGAGAAGAUUGUUGGCUUGGCAGCAAAACAAGGUAGAAUCAGAAAUGCUUCAAACACUAUUGUGAAAGUGAAACAGAUUCUUGGCAGACGUUUUGAUGAUCCUCAAGUUCAGAAGCAUGUGGCUGAAAGUAAAUGUUCUGUUAUUGAUAAGGAUGGCAAACCUAGAUACGAGAUUGAUACUGGGGAAGAGGUCAGGAUUGUCCCUCCAGAAGAAGUAAUGAAGUUGAUUUUUGAGAAAAUGAAGGAAACAGCGCAAUCAGCAUUGGGCUCUGACGUAAAUGAUGUUGUCAUAACUGUCCCACUGGACUUUGGGAAGAACCAGAAAAAUGUGCUAAGGCAGGCAGCCCAGGCAUCUGGUUUCAACGUGUUGCGAUUGAUUCAUGAACCAGCAGCAGCUCUUCUUGCCUUUGGAGUUGGACAGGAGGCACCUGCUGAGAAAAGUAAUGCACUGGUUUACAAACUUGGUGGAUCAUCACUAUCUGUUGCAAUAGUAGAGGUAAAUAGUGGCAUGUACAGAGUCCUUGCCUCUCAUACUGAUGACAGCAUAGGAGGAGAGUGUUUCACAGAAGCCUUGGCACAGUAUUUAGCUUCAGAAUUUCAGAGAUUGUUUAGACACGAUAUAAAGAGCAACGCGAGAGCCAUGAUGAAGCUUAUUAAUAGUGCUGAAGUUGCUAAGCAUACAUUAUCAACUUUGGGAAGUUCAAAUUGUUUUGUAGAUUCACUUCAUGAAGGCUUAGACUUCGAUUGCAGUGUGUCCAGAGCAAGAUUUGAAUCUGUAUGUUCUGCGUUGUUCAGUCAAAGUGUCCAACCUAUUCAGAAGCUUGUGGAAGAAGCAGGACUUUCUGGAAGUGAAAUAUCAAAGGUUGUUCUUUGUGGGGGCUCUGCUCGCAUUCCAAAAUUGCAGCAGAUGAUUCGAGAUCUGUUCCCAGAUGUUGAUUUGUUAAACUCCAUCCCCUCAGAUGAAGUGAUAGCUGUUGGUGCAGCUAUCGAGGCUGCGUUACUGUUGGGAAAGGAGAACAAUUCAUUAGAGGAAGUUUCUGUCAUUGUGGAGUGCUCUGCACGAAACAUUGUUGCUAAGGAGAGUAAUGAGUCCGGAUCUGACACAUACAAGGUAGUGUUUCCGUCAGGUACUCCACUACCAGCAAGAAAACACCAUGCGUUUCAGGCACCAGGAAAUGUUUCCUCUGUCUGCCUUGAGCUGUUUGAGUCUGGCGUUAAAGGAUGUGAACAAGAAAGAAACAAAUUGGCACAGAUUAUUCUCAAAGAUUUACAACUGAAGGAAGGCAGCAACCAUGACAUUUUAUCUGUUCUCACCAUGAAAAGGGAUGGAUCACUGCAUGUCACUUGCACAGAACAAGGAACAGGAAUUUCAGAGGCAGUCACCAUAGAUGCUGCAUCAUAGAUAAUUGAUGAGGAAAGAACUAUUGUAAGCUGAAGAUCCAUAUUGUUGAAAGACCCGCCUUAUUAAAACUACUACUCCAGACAAGCAUUCAUUUUCCUUGAGUAAUAAGGAAAUUCCACCAACUGUAUAAUGUGUUCCACCCUUGGGCCUGAUUAAAUGUUCAUCUGUUUGUUUUUAUUUUAUCAAAGAAAAUCUAGACUAAGGAUUGAAUAUUGAUCCUACUUUGAAAGCACUGAUGCUGGCUUGAUAUUGUCUCUCAAACGAAAGCAAAAUCCUGCAGCUGCUGGAAAUACUCAGGUCAGGCAGUGUCCAUGGGGAAAGUAACAGAGUUAACACUUCAGCUCAUUGACUUUUUGUCUUGAUAUGGUUAACAAGCUUAUCUUAACUGUUUAUUGGCCUAAAUAUAAAAUCAACCCUUUUUUUUUGAAGAAAAAAUUGUUUUCUUUUUGAGUUCGGAAGUGUCUGAAAUACUUUGGCAACCAAAAAAUGAUUAUCCCAGGAAUAAGUCCAAGGAUCAUGAUAUGUGAAGUGUUCAGACAAACUUGGCUAUUCCUUUCAUUCUCUUAAUUAGAAAUAUGUCAUGACAUUUGAAAAAGAUGAAUAUAGGAUAUGAAAUAUCUGAGUUUCUAACACUUUUAAUGUUGUCUAUACUGUAUAUUUUUGUUUCCAUUAUAGCUACAUUAAUAAACUGUACUUUGUAACUAUCA